AGGAGCCAGAGAUCUCUCAUCUAGGAUACUGGUUCUCGUUCACUUGAAAAAUGGCGGACAUCACGCCGCUGCGGGUGGGUUUCGUACAUCCUGAUCUCGGUAUCGGUGGAGCCGAGAAGCUCAUUGUCGAUGCUGCAGUCUCCCUGCAAGACCGAGGACACGAGGUUGUCAUCUUCACCUCGAGACACGAUCCGAAGCGAUGUUUCGAAGAGACGAGAAACGGUACCCUCAAAGUCCACGUUCUUGGGGAUAGCAUUGUGCCCCGUACAAUUCUCAACUCGCUACACAUCGUCUGCGCGAGCUUGCGUCAGAUCCACCUCUCUCUCCUUCUACUGGCGUCCAUCUACCUACCUUUCCGGAUUCCUUUCAUCUCACCACUAUCUCCUCUGGAGUCCUUCGACGUCUUCAUUGUGGAUCAGUUGUCCGUAUGCGUGCCGAUUCUUCGGUGGUUCGGUCAGACGAGAGUCGUUUUCUACUGUCAUUUUCCCGACAAGCUGUUGGCAGGCGGAAGAGAGGUCGAGGUCGAUAAUGUCGGGAGGAGCGAUAUGAAUCCUAGGGAAGCGAAGAAGAAGGAGUCCAAGAAGGCUCCGGGAUUGUUGAAGCGGCUGUAUCGUCUCCCGUUCGAUAAGAUGGAGGAAGCAACGACCGGCGAAUCGGAUAUCGUGCUGGCCAACUCUUCCUUCACCGCGAGGGUGUACGAUCGAGCGUUCCCUACCUUGAAACAGAAGCCUCGAGUCGUCUACCCUUGCAUCAAGGUGGAACAAUACGUCGGUCUGGAUCCUGCUGAGACAAACAACGAUAAGAACGUGCAGAUGAUCCGAUCGGACAAGGCGACUUUUGUCUCGCUCAAUCGGUUCGAGGCCAAGAAGAAUAUAGAGCUAGCGUUGGAAGCGUUCAGCUUGGUCAAGAAAGAUCGCCCAAACGGCUCAAUGCGUCUGGUAGUAGCAGGAGGAUACGACAAAGCCCUGAAAGACAACAUCGACACGUACGCCCGGCUGACGAAGUUCUGCGAUGACUCUGGAUUGCGAUACGUGACGAUCCGACCUGAAGAUGGCGAUUCAACUCCGACGUCGACCGAGGUGAACAAAGCCGAGGUCGUGUUCCUGCUGAACUUUACGGACGGACAAAGAGCCUCUCUUCUCACGGCGGAUUCCUCAAUCGCGCUCCUCUACACACCGGAGAAUGAACACUUUGGCAUCGUGCCGGUCGAAGCGAUGGCUUGCGGUCUUCCGGUCCUAGGCGUGAACAGUGGUGGACCUACCGAGACGGUCGUGGACACGGAUGCUGAGCUUUCAGGCGAAGGAGCGACCGGGUUGUUGAGGCGACCAGAGGCAGAUCAAUGGGCCAGGGCAAUGUCAACCUUGUUUGACCUCUCGCCUGACGACCGAGCACGAAUCGCUCGAGCUGGCAAAGAGAGGGUCCGGAAGAACUUUUCUUCGGAGAAAUUAGGAGAAGAGAUGGAGUUGGCUUGUUACGAAGCGGUGUCGAGAGGGACGGUUGGGUUGGAGGAACAAUGUCUCCUUCUCGUCGGUGCGCUGGGCCUCGCCUGGAUCAUGGCAGCCAUCGCAGUGUUGUUCAGCCAGAUCCCGGCGUCUUACUUUCAAUAGACUCGCGAUGGAUGACUGAAUGGCUUGAAGGCACAGAGAUCCCGACAUGAAACAUUCGAGUUCUAGCAUCUGGAUCGUCAAGGUCCGAUGCCUGAAGAUGCUCGUUGGCCUCGAUCGCGAAAGUGAGAUGGACCUGGUUCGGGAGCAGAGUUUUGCCCGGGACGCGAGACAAUUCAGGGACGUGAUUGAAGCCACUUUCCACUUUGGGUCGAACGAAAGAAAUUCUAGGGUGGUGACAUUUUUCUUAGCGUGGUGAUUUUUCUCUACGGUGGUGAUCAAAGUGUGGGGUAAUAGGUGGAAACAAGAAUGUCGUUCGGCGCCAAUUCUCUCGCGAUAUUUUCCCACGCGUAAAGACAAUUGUAUAAAAAAAC